CCAGGAUUUAGAGUGAGCAUAUAUACCAUAUCAAAUUCGAAAUGGCUGAAGCCGCUACCGUGGACAAGACGCUGGUACCAGACGAUGCAGGGGAGAUAGCUCAAGAGUUGAAUGAUGCAAUGUCUGAGUCGUUUCCGCUGGGUCUUCAACUGAAGCUGCCGCUAUCUGAAGUCGAGGCCAUUCACUCCCAAUACCAGAGGCCGCGCGAUCGCCUUCUUCACGUAUUAUCGCGUUCCUGAAGCAAACGGAGCCCAGACCGACAUGGAGGGUUAUUCUAAAAGCUCUCAGGAGUAGUUCGGUUAAACUACCAGCUCUAGCUAUGAAUGUAGAGGCACGUUUCUCUGACCCUACCUCAUCACGUGAUGUGGUACCUCAGACUACUACUGCCAACAGUGAUGGUGAUGAGGUCAAGUCAAAAUCAUCCUCUCAACUUCGCCCUGUACCUGCCACAGAUGACAGCUCUGUAGUUACAACACUGCAGGGAGUGAUGAGAGGUUUUCAUCAAAGAUUCAGUGCUAUCAAAGAGUCGACAAUUCAGUGCCUUGAACAGUGUUGCAUGACUGUAAUGACAGUGGUCUUUCUACUGACGUCAGCUCUGGGUGAAUGUAAAGGUACUCUUGAAAAGAAGCUUGAAGACCUCAGCAAAUCUCAAGACCACUUAGAACUCUUCACUCAGUUGAACUUUUACUGGAACUAUCUCUCUUUCGGUCUACUGCAUGGACUAAUAGAUGAACUCUUUGCAAAAAGAAAUGAAUUUACAGAGGUACAGAAAGAGAUGGAGAAAUACAAACAAGAUAUGCAGAAGUUUAAAAAGAAUACAAAAUUGGUGUUGUUCUGUCAGGUUGACUACAGUAUGUUGGCGAUCAAUCAACCUUGCGAUCUUCCUCCAGGAUUUAGUAAGAUGGUGACUGAACACAAGUGGCCUCAGACUGUCACACUCCAAGAUGUGGAAGAAUUUCGGAAACGGUUCCUGCUUACACUUAGGCUACCAGAAUGUGCAAUGAUGGUGAACAGAAUACAGGAAGGAUGUUUCAAGAUCACCUGGUUUGCAGUCCUGCCACCUUCUCUCGUCCAGCAACAAGAAAAUAUUAUUCAAGUGUUUGUGGAUUACAAAGUCAUUUUAGUGGAGAUUAAUGGAGAAUGUGUUUACCAACAACUACCUCAGCUACCACCACCUACAGUUUUAGUAACACGUCAGCUAAUCCAGUCCAAUGUCGCAAAUUUUAAAAGAAGAUUUAGAGAGUUAAAGAAAGCUACACAAGAAAACCUUGAGAAGCAAAAAGUCUCAGUUGAGGGAGUUGCUAUUACUCUUAAGUCACUUUCAGCCAAUGAUGAUGAUGAUGAUGAUAAGCUGAUGGUAUUUUCGGAGUGUCAUGUGAGUAUCCUCAAACAGGCUCACAAUCAUUCUGCUCUCAUUGGACAAUUAGACUUCAACAUGGACUACCUCUCUUAUUAUUUGCUGGAUUAUCUGGUCAGUGAGUUUAAUAUGGAAGAGGUAAACGUUCUUAUGGAGGCGUACAAGUCCGAUCUACAGCAGUUCAGAAUGAAGACACCGUUAACUAUGUUCUGUCAAACGCAGAUCAGUAAAAGAACAAAGCUUUCCCCGGGUUUAGAAGAAGUAGUAGCUGAGUUCAACUGGAAACAGAAUGUCUCACUUGAAGUUAUUAUGGAUUUUCAAGAAGACUAUGCCUCUUGCUACAACAUACAUAAAUUUGCCAUGGUGCUAGCCAAUGUUUCUCCAAAAACUGUUACCUGGUUCAUUCCUGAGUCUAUUGUAAAGAAACUGAGAGACAAACCGCUGCCCACAUCAAUUGUCGAAAAAUAUUUCAUAGCUAACCUGGAGAUUGCUGGGUUCUGCAUUCAUCAAUCUCUUGAAAUGGUCUCUACCCCUACUUCAAACUAA